AUUAAUCCUUGCGCUUUUGGACACCAUUCUCAUGAUAUCUGCUAGGCCUUAGUCAUCAAGGACAUAUGUGGCCCUGAGAUGACCGAGGCCCCGAGAUGACCGAGGAAGUCCAAACUGUCGCCAGGCUAGACCUCAAAAAAGCUCUCAACAAGCUCGUCCAGCCGAUGCAAGAAAUGGUCCCAAAGACAUACAUCAAAGAGAUGCCGCCAUGCUCUGACUGGACGUCAAUCAGCCCAUACCAUCUCAUCGCCCAAAACUUUGCCCGGAUCGCGACGCGGGUCAUGGUCAGACCCGAGCUCUGUGAGGGCAGAUGGCUCACGCUCUCCCGGGAUUACAUCGACUCUGUUGUCAAAGCGCCGAGGCUAGUCCGGCACAAGUACUACCCGUUGCUUCGGUGGGUCGCCAAAUACACGGAGCCCUGUGUCCACGACGUCCUGAAAUACCGGUCUGAAGCUGCCGACCUGCUCGAGCCGGUUCUAAAGGCCCGGACUGCCGAGAUCGACAGCAGUAGGGUGCGAGGCGCUUCGGAGAAAGCGAGACCCGCAUCGCAGCACGAAGACGCGAUCCAGUGGCUGCUGGAGGAGUACCGAACACACGGGAAGAAGUUGACGCCGGAUGCUCUUGCCCAGGGAAUUUUCAGCAUCAUGACGGCCGCCGUCGACAGCACUUCGACGACGGCAAUGUGGAUGCUGUUCGACUUACUGGACCACCCCGACGCCCUCGCAGAGAUCAGAGGCGAGAUGUUGAGCGUCCGUGGAGAUGACAAGGACUUUGUCUGGACUCGCCAGGCUCUGGGAGAGCUGAGACUGCUGGACAGCUUCAUGAGGGAGAGCUUCCGCCUCCACUCCAUGACACAGAUAACCUGUCUGCGCAUGGCGGCUGGGCCAUUCACGUUCCGCGACGGGCUGCACAUUCCAAAGGGGCUGCACAUUCCCAAGUCCUACCAGAUUGCAUUCCCGCGGUACAACUAUGGGCUUGACGCCGACGUGCAGCCGAUCCAGACAAGUUCGACUACAAGCGGCACCUCGCGAAGUGUACGGGCGAGGACGCGGCAAAGUUUCUUUCACUUCGCGUCUGUCUCGGACGACACGCUGGGGUGGGGCGUCGGUAUGCAUGCGUGCUCCGGUUGCUUCCUCGCGCAGGACGCCCUGAAGCUCAUACUGCUGCACCUGCUCACGCGCUACGAGGUCAAGUACGACCGACGUCCGGGGCCCGACAGGAUGAUGGGCCUGCAGCAGCGUGGAACUAUGUGGCAGGGUUCGGCGCUGACUCGGGUCGUGUUGAACGACCGACCAGCUCACGGAAAUAUGUACACCUCCCCUGACCAAUUCUCCUGUGACCUUUCUCUCUCUACCUCCCUACUUCAACAGUACCAUCACAGGCCCACUCAUCAAGGUCCCCGGAAGCAGAGCAGCGACACAUGUAUCCUAGAAAGUAAAGAAAAAAGACCGAGCAAAAAAGACAAUGCCCGCAACCGCCAUCCUCCGCGGCUUCCGCAUCGUGGUGCCCGCGCUCGACGCCUUCCCCGAGGCGCACGGCGUGCACGACACAUGUGGCCAUCCGCCAAACCACCAGGGCCACCCAGACAAGUGCCCCAUACCGCAGCUGCUCUGCUCCAAGAUCGCGGCACACGCCCCCACCAACACAAUCGAGGCCGAUGAUGCCAGACACAGAUUCCGCGUCGUGGUCCCGCAGCGCCAGAGCUGUGAUUCAGGCAGCGCCAGAACUGUGGACCGCUGGCCUUGAGAAGGGUUUACCGGGGGGUUUAACAUGUUAUUGUUGUCCACGUCCUUAAAAUUUUGCCAAGUCAUCUCCUCGUCAUUCUGUCACAAAGGGGGAAACUGACGGGGCACUCUGGACGGACGACUGUUACGGGCGUGGCUAGGCACGGAGGGAACAGAGCGGGUGGUCGCAUCAAGGAAUGAUUUUAAUAUUCUCUCGUGCUGUGCAAUCUGAUGGCCGACUGCUGCUAAUGUUCACGCACACGAUGUCAAACAAGGUCACCCUGGCUAAACGAGCGGUGUUUCCCUCCCUUCAAACCCAAGUAAAGAACCGUCCUCGUCUCGUCACGCUGCGCUGCUCACAUGGGCAUGGGGUUGCCAGGCAGCUUGUCGAGCC